AUGGCAGUUGCAAACGGCGGAGAGUCCGCGACACUUAAAAAGUCGGUACGCAGGCGGCGCCAAGACAAACCUGCAAUAUCAGCCAGACUCGUCUUGGACGAUCGCAUCAAAGGAGACGUUGGCAUCGUAUCGGAAGACAUAGCCACGGAUCUUCUACCACAUCUUCGGCACGGGCUCGAGCACGACCAUCCGAAUCAGAUACACUACAUCGCGCUUGCGCCAUGGGCUCCUAACGCCGCGCCUGCAGAGACGAGGUGGUCAAUCAUUCCAGUUCAAAAGUCUCCCAACUUGGCGCCCUCUACAGUUCAAUUCUCUCCCUCAUCAACGGCCCUUCAGAGCUUUGCGGCAACACUGCAAGAAGUUGCCCCUUCCAGACUUUCAAGCCACAGCCGAAGUGGCAUAGAAGUCUUGGUUUUGGACGUUGUGCCCCUUCCCCUGGAAACCGUUUUCGUCAGCCUCGAAAGCGAAUCAACAAAGCGCUUGGAGAAUGGCGAGGGUACCUUCUUCCGGGAACAUCUUUCCAAUCCCAGCAUCAAGAAAACAGCCAACAUGAGCGCUGAGGAGAGACUCAUAUCUGCCAUUAGAACCUCCUUGAGCGGUCUCAAGGUUGCGCAUGCUGGGGAUUUAUUCGCACUGCCACUUGCGCCGCAUUCCGUGACACAUGUUCCUCCAAACCCAGGCAAAAUUAUGCUAUGCGAGCCGGUCGCCCAGGGCAUUUUGAGCGAAUCGACGAAAAUUGUUCUGAUGCGUGGAAGACACAGGAGGCGCACGAGAGGGAAUGCAGCCAUCAUCAACAGUCACCGGCUGAAUGGUGGAGUCGGCGAAGAGGACGAUGAUGGGAACACGGAUCAGUUCUUUUCUGCAGCUGAGGAGCGAUAUCGCACGGAUGCACAAGCCGAUGCAACCGUUACCGAAUCAGAGUCUGAGCCGUCCGCUGCUGAGCACGAGGGAGAAAUGUCCGAUGAUUCCAUGGAUGACAUGAUUUCUCUUGAAGCUCCCACUCUUAGCAUUGCCAGUAGCAGCGGGAUGGGCACGAUGCAAUCCGGGACGCCAAUGACCAUUGGCACGCUCCGUGGAAGAAAAAUGAAUGGCGCCGCAACCCCGGAGUCGGUGUUCUCAAACUUCACUUCAACCACAGCUAGACCAGACCGCCAAAGGGGGCGCCUAUUCAAGGCCCAAGGUCUUACGCAACAUAUCCCUUCAGACUUGUUGCAUCCUAGACCAUCACCGGAGGAGGAUGAAGAAGCCAGGGUAUAUGUAGAUGUGAGCUCGCUGCCGAAAAUUGGCUGUUUCUCAGGAGACUGGGCUCGAAUAGAAGUGGCUGACGGCGACGCUUUCGGGUUCGGCAGCUUCGGUAGCGCAGAGCCCGAGGUCGCCAACUGGCGGCCUGUUCGGGUGUAUGGCCUACCAGAGGGCUACUCUCAACGACCAGUCACUCGGAUUCCAAGCUCGAGAACCGGCGAGAGGAAGAUGUCUUUCUUUGAAUCACAGGUGCAGCGCCCAUCUAGUCCAGUCGCUUACGCAUCUCCAAUCCUGCUCGCCAACUUGGACGGGGCCACCCACCUUCGCAUUUCCGGGCUCAAAAAGUCGUUCUAUCAAGGCAAGGGGACCCUUCCACGAUUCACCAGCGCGUCGCAUCCGCCCUACGCAAGAGACAUAGCUAUUCAUCACAUUCGCACCCCGAUUUCGGCAGAGCGAGCCUACCAAACCGCGGUGCUGGGAGGGUUGAAGCGCUAUUUCGCCCGAAAGAUUCGACUGGUACGACCUGGUGAUUUGAUUGCAGUGCCUGUAGACGCGCAGCUUGGACGAGCACUUCAGGAAGCCACAGGAAAUGCCAGCUCAGAAGUGGACGAUGUCGUCGCUCUCACGGCAGAUGAAAGUCGGCCAGGACAGCCUUCAUCUCGCAUUGACAGCGUCGCAUGGUUCAAGGUUGGCCAUAUCCAAAUCCAAAGAGCCGAUGAGGACGAGGAUGGAACCGCUGAGGCCUUUUGGGGCUCCGUUGCUUGCAUCGACAGCUCGACCGUCGGCAUGCAUGGGUCAGGCUUCGAGACUAGCCGCAUUCCAGGAGUUGAUCAAAGCAGUUGGCCGUACUAUCUUGGGUUGAAGAAAGCAUCCAAACGAACGCAUGAUGCAGGACCUUUGGCCGUGACACACCAAAGAGACAACUUCGUAUCCCCUCUGCGGCGCCAGCUGCGGGAGCAAUUGGCGGCUAGCACUAGUCCCAGGGCCAUCCAUCUCAACAUGCCUCCGGUUGCCAUUCUGGUGACGUCCACGCACCGAAACAUUGGUAAAGCAACGUUGGCUGCUGCUGCCUGUGCAGACGUGGGUCUUCAUACCUACAGCAUCGAUGCUUACGAUAUUCUCAGUGAAGGAGGAGGAAGUGGCAGCGAUGUCAAGACAGAAGGGCUGCUCAGGACGCGGGCCGAGAGAGCCAUCAGCUGCGGCCCUGAAUGCUGCGCUCUCUUGAUCCGGCAUAUAGAAGCCCUCACAGCCGACCGGAUCGAAUCAACAAUGAAGGAGAUCCUAGAAGAUGUCCGGGUUCUUAUCGCGACAACCAAUGAGGUAGAUCGAGUCCCCGACGGUGUCAGGGCUCUGUUCACUCAUGAACUGGAAAUGCCUGCCCCUGACGAAUCAGAACGCGAGGCCAUUCUCCGAAGCGUGGUUGACGACUGCGGUGUCAGUCUAGAGCCGGCCCUUGACCUGAAUUCCGUUGCACUCAAGACUGCAGCUUUGGUUGCCGGUGACUUGGUCGAUGUGGUGGAACGAGCUUCGUUGGCCCGGUUGGCUCGCCUCGAAGACUUGUCAGCCAAGAAUAGUCGUGGCAGUGUCGUCGUGACAAUGCGAGACGUCGAGGUUGCCGGAGGACCUCUUGCCCGUUCUCUCACAGCCUCGGAUUUCGAGGUUGCCGUCGAAGCUGCUCGCAAGAACUUCUCCGACUCUAUAGGCGCGCCCAAGAUUCCCAACGUCACCUGGGACGAUGUCGGGGGACUAAGUAACGUCAAGGACGCCGUCGCCGAGACAAUACAGUUGCCCCUCGAACGUCCCGAGCUGUUCGCCAAGGGCAUGAAGAAGCGUUCCGGCAUCCUCUUCUACGGCCCACCGGGCACCGGUAAGACGCUGUUGGCAAAGGCCAUUGCGACCGAGUACAGCCUCAACUUUUUCAGCGUAAAAGGCCCGGAACUGCUGAACAUGUACAUCGGCGAGUCCGAGGCCAAUGUCCGACGCGUUUUCCAAAGGGCCCGGGAUGCCCGGCCAUGCGUUGUGUUUUUCGACGAGUUGGAUUCUGUAGCUCCGAAAAGAGGCAACCAAGGCGACAGCGGCGGCGUCAUGGACCGCAUCGUUUCUCAGCUCCUGGCCGAGCUUGACGGCAUGUCUGGUGGAGACGAUGCUGGAGGUGUCUUCGUGGUGGGCGCCACCAACCGACCCGACCUCCUCGAUGCAGCUCUGCUGCGACCAGGUCGGUUCGACAAAAUGCUCUACCUGGGAGUAUCCGAUACCCACGAAAAACAGCAAACCAUCUUGGAGGCCCUGACGAGAAAGUUCACGCUCCAUCCAUCCGUCUCUCUGCGCAACGUCGCCCAACGCUUGCCCUUUACCUACACUGGUGCCGACUUUUACGCUCUGUGCAGUGACGCCAUGCUCAAGGCAAUCACUCGCCAAUCCUCCGCCGUUGACGCCAAGGUUCGCGCCAUCAACGCCGAACGUGCCGGCAAGCCAGAGAUAUCGACGGCCUACUUUUUCGACCAUUACGCCACCAAGAGGGAUAUUUCGGUCAUGGUGACGGAAGCCGAUUUCAUGGCCGCUCAUGAUGAACUUGUUCCUAGCGUGAGCGCCGGGGAACUGGCGCACUAUGAAAAGGUUCGUGCCACCUUCGAGGGUAAUCGAGACAAGCAGCCCAAAGCCAGUGUCUUCUCAGCCCCGGGGCAUGGGCCGUCGUCUGCAGCAGGCAGAAGCAAGGUUAGCGCCAAGGCUCAAGGGAAGAGGCCAGCGCUGGACAACGGCGCCAAAGCCACGGCCUCCGCGACCGAUGCAGAUGGUGGCGAUGAGGAUUCGACCAGUGACAUCCCUGGCCCACCGCCAGGGAAUGGUCGCUCAAGGGGCAAAGAAAAAAUGGCGAUGGGUUUUCAAGAUGGAACGGCAAGUGACGACGAAGGGCUGUACUAG